AUGGCGCGGAAACUAUCAGAAGCAUACUCAUCUCCCAAUACCACCUCCAUAAACCUCACUCAGCUAUUAUCUAGACUAGAAAGCAACAUACUAUCCCCUUCUGCAGACUUGAAGCCGCUGCUAAGAUCGCAAUAUCAUAGAGCGCGUGUUGGUGCUAAUAUAGAAUAUGGCCGCAAUUUACUACUCCAGCUCGAGCGGAACUCGGCAGAUAUAAAGCACCCCCAACGCAAACAAACCGUUCAGUCAGAUCUCUCGCAGAAGAGACAACAGCUUAAGAUACUUCGACAAAGACUAGAUGAUCUGGGUACGCAGGCGCAUGCUCGCGCAAGGGCAGCAGCCAACACCACGACCUCCCCCGAAUACAUAGCGGAUGCAAGCGUCUACUCGUCAGAAGAUGAAGAAGAUAUCCUCCCCACACCACAGGACAGCGUCACGCCGGAAAACGUUUCUUCACGAGCGUCCAUGAAUUCCUCGCAUAUAAGGGAUGACCCCAGACAGACAGAAGGCCAGGAUCAAUCCGUUACAUCAGAAGCAAGCAUGAGUUCCAUGAUUCCUACACCACCGUCUUCAUCCUACGGCUCUGCGUCCGCUCACAGCGAAGCACUUGGCUCGAACACACUACGCAAUCGAAGUACAAUACCAACUCCAGCAGCAGCAGCUCAAACAACCACUGACACCACUACCCACCCUUCUUCCGCUACCAUGUCAACAGGGACAUUUACCACUUCCGCAUAUCCGACAACAUCUACGCUCGCGAGCCCCUUAAAACCCAGUCCCAGCUCCAACACUCACUUCCGCCCCCGAAACCACUCCAGGAAAGCAACGGAGGUCGACCCCGAAGCCUUGCUGGCGCAAGACAGGCAAGAACAAGAGUCCCUUACGGAUUCCCUGCUCACGCUUGCCCAGCAGCUGAAAACCUCUACGCAGACAUUCAACACAACCCUCGAGUCCGAGAAGUCAAUUAUAGACCGUGCUGUGGAGGGGUUGGAUAGAAACACGACUGGGCUGGAGUCGGCGGGGCAGAAGAUGAGCAUGCUUCGGCGGAUGAGUGAAGGGAGGGGGUGGUGGGGGAGGAUGUUGAUGUAUUUAUGGAUAUUCGGGCUGUGGAUUGUUGCUAUUAUGAUUGUAUACGUUGGACCGAAGCUGAGGUUUUGA